AUGGUUUUGUUUUCCAAAAUGAAUAAGGAAUUAGCCCUUCAAGAAGCUGCUUCGACCGGGUUGAAAACAAUGGAGCAUUUGAUCAAGUUGGCAGCUAAUGAACCGGUGGUUCAGGUGGAUUGUCGUGAGAUAACUGAUUUUACUAUUGCAAAGUUAAAGAAGGCGAAUUCUAUGGUGGGACGGACUGGUCAUGCUAGGUUCUGUCAUGGUCCUUUAUAUGGAGAAAGAGAGAGUAUUGGCACCAGUGGCGCUACCAGUGCAGAUAGAGUUAACGUUUGGCUUCAGAAACCCAAGCGUGAAGGGAGUGGAAGUACCUCGAAUUUUGCUCCUCCUUCUUCCGUGUCAUUGCUUUCGAUGGCACAGAUUGUUUCCGCAAGAAAACAAUCAUCUGCCACCGUAAAAGAUAUCGUGAGCAAGAACAAUCUGGGAUGGAAAGUUUUUCCUAGGAAAGUAAUAAGAACUCCAAUGAUAAGUUCAAAAAUUACUGAUAUACCAACAGAUGAGUGUUCAUGGAGGAAGUGUGGUCAGAAGUUGAUUAAGGGUUCACCAUACCCAUGGGCCUAUUACAAGUGUACCAGUUUUCCUGGAUGCCCAGCAAAGAAGCAUGUGGAGAGGGCUAUGGAUGAUCCUACGAUGUUAAUUGUGACCUAUGAAGAAGAACAUUGUCACACACAAGUCGCGAUACAAGAGUACAAUUCUCUAAUGAUGGCUUUUGGGUCAGUAAAAGAGAAGAAGGAGUGA